UUCAAAAAGCAGCACGUAUAACUCCCAGGAAAUUACCUAAGCAAUUCACAGUCACAGCCAUGCAUGCACAGACAAUUAACCCAAAGCAAAAACCUUAAUAAAAGCAAGAACCCAUCUCCGAAAACCUUAACCCACAAAAAAGUUUCAAUCUUUUUUUUUUCAAAAUGGUUUCUAAGACUCGUUUAAUUGUGUCAGAUUUUAUAGUUUCUAUUAUUUGGGUAUGGAAUGGUGCUUUGAUAAAGAUGUUUGUGUUCAAGGUUUUGCAGAUGGGGCAUGAUUCAAGAGGUGAAUUUAUGAGGCAGUCUUUGACAGUUGUGAGCCUGUUCUUUUUUGCUUUCUUGGCUAAGGUUACUAAAGGAGCGUCUUUUAAUCCUCUUGCUGUUUUGUCUUCUGCUAUUUCUGGGGAUUUCUCUCAUUUUCUCUUCACCAUUGGGACUAGAAUACCUGCUCAGGUGAUUGGAUCUAUCACUGCGGUUCGGCUUCUUAUCGACACCUUUCCUGAGAUAGGACGUGGACCACGCUUGAAUGUUGACAUCCAUAAAGGAGCUCUCACAGAAGGAUUGCUGGCAUUUGGAGUUGUUACCAUCUCUCUUGGGCUUGCAAGAAAGAUCCCUGGAAGUUUCUUCAUGAAGACUUGGAUAUCAAGUAUUUCAAAGUUAUCUCUUCACAUACUUGGUUCUGAUCUAACGGGCGGUUGUAUGAACCCAGCCUCAGUGAUGGGAUGGGCUUAUGCCCGUGGGGAUCAUAUAACCAAGGAGCACAUACUCGUGUACUGGCUUGCCCCAAUACAGGGAGCUCUUCUGGCAGCAUAUACAUUUAAGUUGCUCUUUCGGCCACAAAAACAAGACGAGAAAGAAAAGUUGAAGGGCAAAACAGAUUGAAGAAAUGCCUCUGAACCUUUCAGUUAAAUUGUGUUGUAUUAUCUAACCUGCAAGCUUUGAAGGGGGCAAAUUUAUGUAAACCUGAAGAAAAUAAUAGUGAAGGAAUUCACUGUGAUCAUAUUCAUUACA